CCAUUACUUGUUUGGAUGCUGUUUAUCAUAACUUCGGUUCUUGAUUUUCUGAUCUCAAAAAUCAAUUUCUCUUCUAAAAUUCUCGAUCAACUAUUAAGUGUAAUCUGCAAUGGAAUCGAAUGACCAUUGUGAACUAGAUCAAAGUGAAAUGGUUAAGAGACUUAAAAAGAAAAAGAAAACUCUCGGAAGAGUUUUGUCAAAAAAAAAAGACAAAGCAAAAAAAGAAAGAUUGGCAGCGAUAAAGAUUAAGUAUGGGAAUGUUACAAAGAAAAAGUCUUGUGGACCUCCAGCUGAUUGGGAUUUGCACUGGGGUAGUAUGAGUGAAAAAGAGCAAAGAAAUCUCUCUAGGCGUCAAAGUCAUGCAGUAGCAUCAUUGUUAAAAAAGAUGGAGGACAUGGAAACCCAAUUUGGAGCCAGUAUUUUGGCAAACAUACGUUUCCCAAAUGGAUCACAACAAUCACUUUAUACAAUGAAAGUUGGUGAAGGAAUCAAGUUUGCUGAAAGUAGUGAAGGCUUGUUGUUUAUUUCAUCCUUCAAACGUUACUUCAAUAAGAUUCAGAAAAGGAGAAUGGAGACUGUAGAGGAAGUAAGAGGACUUUCCACGAAGAAAAAAAAGUGUUUUGCAGACAAACAGCUAAGGAAGGAGCUCCGAAAGGAUAAGACUACAACUCUACCUGAAUAUUCAGAUUCAGAAUCAGCACAUGAAUUAAAGAGUGAUGAAGAAGAAAAUAGUGUUCAAGAAGGAAAUAGUCGUCAAGAAGUAAACAGUGAUCAAGAAAGAAGAAUUGAGACUGUAGAGGAAGUAAGAGGACUUUCCACGACGAAAAAAAAGUGUUUUGCAGACAAACGACCAAGGAAGGAGCUCCGAAAGGAUAAGACUACAACUCUACCUGAAUAUUCAGAUUCAGAAUCAGCACAUGAAUUCAAGAGUGAUCAAGAAAGAAGAAUUGAGACUGUAGAGGAAGUAAGAAGACUUUCCACGAAGAACAAAAAGUGUUUUGCAGACAAACGACUAAGGAAGGAGCUCCGAAAGGGUAAAACUACAACUCUACCUGAACAUUCAGAAUCAGGAAAUGAAUUCAAGAGUGAUGAAGAAGGAAAUAGUUGUGAAGAAGUAAACAGUGGACAAGAAGUAAACAGUGAUCAAGAAAGAAGAAUUGAGACUGUAGAGGAAGUAAGAGGACUUUCCACGACGAAAAAAAAGUGUUUUGCAGACAAACGACCAAGGAAGGAGCUCCGAAAGGAUAAGACUACAACUCUACCUGAAUAUUCAGAUUCAGAAUCAGCACAUGAAUUCAAGAGUGAUCAAGAAAGAAGAAUUGAGACUGUAGAGGAAGUAAGAAGACUUUCCACGAAGAACAAAAAGUGUUUUGCAGACAAACGACUAAGGAAGGAGCUCCGAAAGGAUAAGACUACAACUCUACCUGAACAUUCAGAAUCAGGAAAUGAAUUCAAGAGUGAUGAAGAAGGAAAUAGUCGUCAAGAAGUAAACAGUGGACAAGAAGUAAACAGUGAUCAAGAAAGAAGAAUUGAGACUGUAGAGGAAGUAAGAGGACUUUCCAUGAUGAACAAAAAGUACAAACGACAAAGAAAGGAGCUCCUAAAGGGUAAGACUACAACUCUACCUGAACAUUCACAAUUAGAAGGAAAGGUUAGUCGUCAAGAAGAUCAACUUUUGCCGUCAACCCCCAUGAUGCAGCCAAUAGUUCUUGUAAAAAAGUUGGAUUUGUCUCUUAUUAAUUCCCUCAUUAAUAAUUGGAAAAAAUAAAGUGUGUUUGGGAUUUUGUAUUCGUUAAAUGAAUCAAACUUAUUUUCAGAAUUGGCGGUUAAACUGUCAUGUUUACUUUGAGGUCGCGACAUCUAUUAUUCAUAUCAUAGUUCAGUAUCCUUCAAUAAAUUCCGAGGGGGGUGCUUGGAAAAUGAAGACAUCUGUCGGAUCCCAAGUAAACUCUUUGAAAAUAUUUCGCGCAAACUUGAUGCAUUGCAGACGCAAACUUGACGUGUAGACCGAAAAGGUAAUCAUAACAACUCAGAACAGCAGAUGCUAAAUGAUUUUGCUUUCGGUUUUGACUUGGCGUCUCAUUCCUAGACUGUUUGUGAAUGGGCUUUUAACAUUCUUCAAAGUCAUUCAAGGAUUCAAGGAGGAAUUGAACAAGAAACUGGAAGAAGAAAGCAAGAAAACAAUUCAUUCAAGAUCUGAAACGCAAGAAUUUAUCCAGCAACUGACGGCCUAGACAUAUGUCAACAAAUGUUGGAGGAGACAACGACCAAAAUGGAGGAUCUUUGUAAUCAGUUGUCGAUUUAGAAUGAACAUGAUAGAGAUCUUGACAGGAAGACUCGUAGAGCAGAAUACAUAUUGGCUGGCCAAGCAAUUAAUAUCUGAUAUGGAAAAACAAAUUGCUGAUCUCAAGUUUCAGUUGUCUGAAAAGGCUAUUGAACUCCAGUGUAAGAAAAAGAAGAUUGAAGAAACUGUGAAUGCCUUGAAAGACUUGUCGCUACAUUCUCAUAGCAAUGAACAGUUGGCCAUUGUCGAAGAAAGCAAUCGCGAACUUUAGGGCAAAUUUGAUGAAAAGGCCCAGGAACUUGAAGCUGCUCUUGUUUGUCGAGAAAAUUCACAGCGAUUAAAAGACGAUCUCGAUAAGGAAGUUGCUGAUCUCAAAUAUGCCAGCUUAUGUCAAAGUCAAUAGAACUCCAGUAGAAGUUCUUUUAGAAAUCUUUAUAAUAAACUGGCUUUUACAUAUG